UGCCAGGACGGCAGCGAAGGGAGGAAGAAACUCUUCGCGGGAGCCUCGAGUCGCCCCUUUCGCACGUGCAGAUGGCAGUGAGCUUUGAAGAUGUGGCCGUGUAUUUCACGGAGGGGCAGGGGGCUCUGCUGGACCCGGAUCAAAGGGCCUUGUACACAGAGGUCAUGAUGGAGAAUUAUGGGAACGUGGCCUCCUUGGCAGUUCCAGCUGCCAAGCCUGAGCUCAUCUCCCAGCUGGAGCUUGGGAUACAGCCAUGGGUGCCAGAUUCUCUGGGGCCAUCCGGAGGGGAGAGCUCCAGCCCUGACUCAGCAGGUGAACGUAGGAAGCAGCACUCAAGCAUCAUCUGGGGGGAACAUUUCAUUCUUCCCAACCAUCAGCACGUCCAUACAAGAAAGAAAUGCCAUAAAUGCUUGGAGUGUGGGAAAUGCUUUGCUCAGAAAUCAAAGCUUCUGAUCCACCAGAGAAUCCACACAGGGGAGAAACCAUUCAAAUGCUUGGAGUGUGGGAAGCGUUGUACUACUAAAUCAAAUCUCACAAGUCACCAGAGAAUCCAUACUGGGGAGAAGCCAUGUAAAUGCUCAGAAUGCGGUAAGGGUUUUGCUUGGAAAUCUCAUCUCAGGAUCCACCAGAGAUUCCACACUGGGAAUUCUCCUUUUCAGUGCUUGGAGUGUGGAAGAUAUUUCCGUCAUAAAUCCUCUCUCAUGGACCACCAGAAUACCCACACAGGAGAAAAACGCCAUAAAUGUUUGGAUUGUGGGAAAUGCUUUGCUUGGAAGUCACAAAUUAGGGACCAUCGGAAAGUCCACACAGGAUUAAGGCUGUAUAAAUGUUUGGAGUGUGGAAAAAGUUUUGCGCAGCCCUCAAUCUUUGCAAAACACCAGAGAGUUCACACAGGAGAGAAGCCAUAUAAAUGCUUGGAAUGUGGGAAGUGUUUUGGUUAUGCCACAUCAUUUGCUAUACACAGAAGAUUCCACACAGGAGAGAGACCCUAUAAAUGUUUGGAAUGUGGGAAGGGUUUUGCAGAUGGCUCAACCUUGGCAAAACAUCGGAGAACUCACUUAAGAAAGAGAAUCUAUACGUGCUUGGAUUGUGGGAAAUGUUUUGCUCGUAAGUUAUUCUUCUUUAGACACCGAAGACUCCAUGCAGAGAAAAAACCGUUCAGAUGCGCAGAGUGUGGGAAAUGUUUUGCUAGCAGAUCAAACUUUGCAAGACACCAGAGAGUCCACACCAGAGAGAAACCCUAUAAGUGCUUGGAGUGUGGGAAGUGCUUUGCUGCAAAAUCGCAUCUCACAAGGCACGAGAGGGUUCACACAGGUGAGAAGCCAUAUCAGUGUAUGCACUGUGGGAAAUGUUUUGCUGAUUCGUCAGCCUUUGCCAUACAUAGGAGAACUCACACAGGUGAGAAACCCUAUAAAUGCUUGGAGUGUGGGAAGUGUUACGCUGAUUCUUCAACCUUGGUAAAACACAGGAGAGUCCACACAGGGGAGAGACCCUAUAAAUGCUUGGAAUGUGGCAAGUGUUUUUCUGAGCCCUCAACCUUCUCAAAACACCGGAGAGUUCACACAGGAGAUAGAACCUAUAAUUGCUUGGAAUGUGGAAAACGCUUUGCUGACAAAUCUCACUUUCUGAGGCACCAGAGAGUCCACACAGGAGAGAAACCGUACAAAUGCUUGGAAUGUGGGAAAUGUUUUGCUGAUCCUUCACCCUUAGCAAAACACCAGAGGGAACACCCAGGGGAGCGAACUCACAAAUGCCUGAAAUGCCAGAAAAGUUUUGCCCAAAGUUCGGACCUUUUGAGGCAUCUGAGAAGCUGCACAGCAGAUAAACCUUAUACCUGCCUGAUGUGCGGGGAUUGUUUUUCUUCAACAUCUGCCCUCAUUAUUCAUGAGAGAGCUCAUGUGGAUGACACCUAUGGGGCAUACUUGUGAGAUACCAAAUUGUGCAGGUGAAAUAUGCUUUUUCAGAAUUGAAAAAUGGGUCACGUAUCAUGGAUGAGAUAAUUGCUUUGUUAAGGCCCAGGGGGUCCCCAAUCAUUUCCAAUCUGUUGGCAUAGUUGGAAUUUUGAUGGGAUUUUACAUGUGUUCUCACAAAUGACCACCACGGUGGGGGUGAGCGCAUUGAAAAGUAACUUGCCCAGGAACCUAAAUAUAAGGCUGAGGAGGAUCUGAGCUUCAGAACAGUUUUAGAAUCCAUAGUUUACUUCUCCAGUGCACCUUCUGCAGAAGUCAAACUGAUACAGCUCAAGUCCAAAUAAAGAUGGCACUGGAUGACAGCCAUUUGCUUUGUAGCCAGCCAACCUUCCAAUUAAAUGUUUAAAAAAUCAGGAGAGGCAGGUGCCAAGGAAAGGGUUCAAGGAGCACCUGGGCUCCACAUUGGAGACCCCAAUUCCUGUGUUGGGGUGCAUCACAGCCCAAUGUGCCACUUUGGGCAGUCACUCACUCUCAGGCUUACCUGUCUCAGAGGCUUGUUCUGAGGAAUAAUGGGAAAGGAGGAAAAAAGUGGUGUCAGAAUUUAACGUAAAUACAUAUCGCCCUCAGACUAAUUUCAGAAACCAUCUGGAUGCUAUCAGUCAUGAACACUAUUAGUAAGAAGCUUCUGCCUCUCUUCUGGCAGUCUUCUGU